ACUUGCGGAAUUAUUAUGCAGAGUGCUGUUUCUGGGCUGAAUAGAGGUCUUGCUGCAAAUGAGGAUGAUCUGAGAAAGGCGGAUGCUGCGGCUAAGGAACUCGAAGCUGCUGGAGGACUAGUUGAUCUCUCGGCUGACCUCGAUAAAUUGCAAGGAAGAUGGAGAUUAAUAUAUAGCAGUGCAUUCUCAUCUCGUACUCUAGGCGGCAGCCGGCCUGGACCUCCCACAGGAAGACUCCUUCCUAUAACUCUUGGACAGGUUUUUCAACGAAUUGACAUCUUGAGCAAAGAUUUUGAUAAUAUAGUGGAGGUUCAAUUGGGUGCUCCGUGGCCCUUCCCACCACUUGAUGCAACAGCGACGUUAGCUCAUAAAUUUGAACUCAUAGGAUCAUCAAAGAUCAAAAUUACAUUUGAGAAAACCACUGUGAAGACAGCUGGGAAUUUAUCACAGUUGCCGCCGUUCGAGUUACCUCGAAUUCCUGAUUCAUUCAGGCCUCCGUCUAAUACAGGAAGUGGAGAAUUCGAAGUUACCUAUCUUGACACAGAUACUCGCGUCACGAGAGGAGAUAGAGGCGAGCUCAGAGUCUUUGUGAUUUCAUGAGUUCCAGACGUAUGUAACUUGCUUUUUCUAUGAGUUUGAACAUAUACCAGCACCCACUUCUAUCCUUCUUUAGAAGCUUCCCUUUUCAGUGUUCUCUGUCAUAAGUUCUUCAAUAUUGUAACAUUGGUAUACUGAUGUAAUUAAACCACACCAUGUACCUCCAAGAGAAUAAUGGGUUACUUUUUGUUCAUAUAUAAUGUAAUCUAUUUCAUCCUUCUAGAAAUUGUUGCUCAUAGAAUUUCGGAUUUAGAUACUUAA